AGCCAAUCAGAAGCGCCCUGGAUUCAUGGCAGCUCUCCGGGGCGCCGGGCCAACACGUCUAGCCAGCUCGAAGUGCCACGACUUCACAGCGGACCACGGAUCCUCCAGCGGAGCGAGGGGAACAGCGUCGGGAGAGAGAAAAGAAGAAGGAGGAAAAAAAGAAGAAGCUAGUUAGCUGGAUAAAUAGAUCGCCUUUACGCAGAAGUAAUUUCACUUAACAGUCACGAGUCAACGCGGCUUUCCACUCCUCUCUCUCCAUUCCACAGAAGCGAGCCGACAUCACCGCCACGGUCAACUGAAAUUGAACCAUGGAUAUCUAUGACCCCCAGACCUUGGGGAUAAUGGUGUUUGGUGGAUUCAUGGUGAUCUCCGCUCUCGGGAUUGCUCUCGUCUCCACCUUCUCGAUGAAGGAGACUUCUUACGAGGAAGCGCUGGCUAAACAACGCAGCGAGCUGGGUAAGAUACACUCCGCCCGCUCUGACAAGAAGAAGAAGGACAAAGUAUCUGAGAAGAAGGGCCGUGGGAAGAAGAAAGAGGAUAAGCCGAAUGGAAAAAUCCCAGAGCCUGAUGAAACUCAAGAGGACGUUGAGGCCGACGUGGUCGUUGAGCCCGCUGCCGCCCCAGUUGUAGCCGCUGCCCCCGAACCAGAACGUGUCCCUGAUUUAGAUGUUAAGCCAAAUGCAGCAACAGCAGCUCCUGAGCCAACGACUGCUCCUGAACCAAGCCCUGCUGUCAUCGAGCGCUCACCUGCACCCUCCCCAAAGGAGAAGAAGAAGAAGAAGGUGGCGAAGGCCGAGCCAGCCUCUUCCCAAGCGGCCCCACUUGUGGUUGCCUCUGCAGCCGUCAAGUCCUCCUCAGUACCUGCAUCAAACCAGACCCCCAUGUCUUCCCUGACUAAAGCAAAUGCGCCCUCCUCGGCCCCAGCCAAGCCUGCAUCUGCCCCAGCCAAGCCUGCAUCUGCCCCCGCCAAGCCUGCCCCUGCCCCCGCCAAGCCUGCCCCUGCCCCCGCCAAGACUGCCCCUGCCCCCGCCAAGCCUACCCCGCCCCCGUCCAAGCCAACCCUGGCCCCUGCCCCCGCCAAGCCUGCCCCUGCCCCCGCCAAGCCUGCAUCUGCCCCAGUUAAGUCUGCCCCUGCCCCCACAAAAACUGCUGCAGCCCCAGCCAAGAUGGCCGCAGCCAAGGCUUCACCUGCUGCACCCAAGACUGCCCCGGUGCAGGAAGCUGUCACUAAAGAUGUCGCAGGGAUGGCGGUGCCCCCAGUUGGGUCUCAGCAGACCCCGGCUGUUGUAGGAAAGGUUCAGGAGCCCAAGAAGAAGGCCUCUAAGAAGAAGCCUGAAGCUGUGGCAGCGGUGGAUUCUGCCGACGCGCCCCUGUACCUGCCCUACAAGGCUCUGGUGUCCACCAUCAGUAGCAUGGUGUUCAGUGAGGUCGAGGCUCAUAGGCUCAUCGAGAUCCUUUCUGAGAAGGUUGGCAUCAUUCAGGAGACCUGGCACAAGGCCACUCAGAAAGGAGACCCGGUGGCCAUGCUGAAGAAACAACUGGAGGAGAGGGAGAAACAGCUGGCGGCAGAACAAGAGGAAUCUUCUGCGGCAAAGAAUCGCCAAAGAGAACUCGCCAAGGAGCUGUCUGCUGAGAAGUCGAAGGUGGCAAGUGUGGAGACCAGGCUGAGCUCCCAGCUGAGUAAGAGGGAGCAAGAAAUGAUUGCUCUGCAAGCACGCAUGCAGGCCAGUUACCAGGACCACGUGGCGCAGACCCAGGGGCUCACUGCUAAGGUUGUCAGCCUACAGGACCAGUUGGAAAAAGGCCCCAAUGCCCAGCUGGCCCGUCUCCAGCAGGAGAACUCCAUUCUCCGCGACGCCCUCAACCAAGCCACCAGUCAGGCUGAGAGCAAGCAAAACGCAGAGCUGGCCAAGCUGCGUCAGGAAUGCGCAAAGUUAACCAAAGAACUUGGAGAGAAGACGGAAGGUCUGCUUGCUGAUGAGCACAUCAGGAAAGGGCUAGAGGCCAAGCUCUCCGCUGUAGAGAAGCAGCUCUCCCUGCUGCAGGCCAGCCAUGGGCAGAAGGAGCUGGUGUUGCAGAGGAAGUUGGAGGAGGUGUGCGAGGAGCUCAGGGAAACACAGAGCAGAAACAACAGCCUGCAGGCUACCUUGGACAACGCGCAGCAGGACAGCAGCACGCUCUCAGAGUACCAAGUCCGCAUCGGGAGAUUGGAGGCUGAUAACAGCGAGCGCAGCGCUCGGGUGGAUGCACUCACUGCCCAGCUGCAGGAGACGCAGACAGAGAAAAGCCAGCUGGAACAGCAGGUGGCCUCCAUCAAUUCACUGCUAGAAGCCAAUCAGACCAAAAAGGAGGAGGAUGAUAAGAACGUGGUGAAUGCUGCAGAGGUGGAACAGCUAAAUAACAGCCUUCAGGAGAAAACCAAUCAGCUAAACACCCUCCACGAGGAACUGAAGCAACUGCGAUUGAAACAGGAAGCUGCUGAGACCACUAUUGUUGAGCUAGAGCAAAGAAAUAAGAGUGAGGAUGUUGCCCAUAUUACAUCGCUUCAGGAUGAACUUAAAAACCUCAAAGAAGAGCUGGUGCAACUUAACAGCACACCACAUUCAGAUACCUCCACAGAGCUGGGACAGCUACAGGCAAGCCUGACUGAGAAGGACGCGCUUGUCACAUCACUACAAAAGGAGCUGAGAGAAGUGAAAGAAAAGACGUCUAUUGAUGCAAGCGCUGCGGCAGAGCUGACCGCUUUCAAAGGUGAAACCAAAGAAACUCUCCAGACACUCUUCCCACAGAUAGCGGUAGAGAUGGAGCAGUCCAACUGGUUACAUGUGUUCACCCAGAAGGCUCAGGAGACUCUCGGCCAGCAGAUCCAGGCGUCUCCGUCGGGCACAGCGUUGCCCGAGUUGCUCGGGAAACUGAAGGAGGCUGAGGAGGGACAUGGCUCACUGCAGGCUGAGUGUGAACAGUACAGGACAGUCCUGGCUGAGACGGAAGGAAUGUUGAAACACCUUCAGAAGAGUGUGGAGGAAGAAGAACUGGUAUGGAAGUCAAAGAUGGCCAACUCAGAGGAACAGCUGAGUGCGGCUUUGGGGAAGGCCAGCAAGCUGGAGGCAGAAAAACAAAGUGCAGCGCAGUUGAAGGAGCAGGUGAUGCUUCUGGAAGCCCAGCUGGAGAAGCAGUCAGAGGACCAGGCGACGUCAGAGGAGAUUGACAAGCUGAAGCUGCAGCUUUUGGAGGGUCAGCGCCAACUGGAUUUGGCCCAGAAGGAGGCCCAGGCACACAAGGAGGAGCUUGCACAGGUCAGAGAGCAGCUGGGCGAGAUCACGAAGCAGGCUCAGCGAGAACAGAAUGGCCCAUCUGAGGCUCGACCCAGUCAGUUCCAGAACGAGUUGAGUCAGACGACCGAGAAGCUGCACGGGGAGACGGCUCAGAGACGGCAGCUUUCUGAAGAAUUUGAUCAGGCCCAGAAGACUAUAACAGAACUUCAGGCUCAGUUGGACCUUCUAAACGUUUCUGCGGAGUCAUCACAAUCUGCCGCAGAAGAUGUUCCACAGCUGAAGGAGCGCCUGGAGAAGGAGAAGAAGCUGUCCAAAGAUCUGGGCCAGGCGGCCACCAAGCUCCAGCAGCUACUGAAAGCCGCUCAGGAGCAGCUGACCAAAGAGAGGGACACAGUGAGAACCCUGCAGGAGCACCUGGAAGGAAAGGAAGAAUAUGUGGAGCUGAAGGAAGGAACGUCCGUCUGAGAAGAAGUUCACUGCAGACACUAAAACUGCCAAAUUUGCCUUAUGAUUACCAUAGUUAUGCAUUCCAUUUCUUAUACUGUAGUUGAUUGCAUACUUUGCAACUGUAGGAAUCAAAUAUUUGAUAAUAUGAACAUUAAGGCACGAUUAGGUAAUUUUGCUACAAUCUUUAUUGAAAACAUUCCAUCAAGAAUUCUGGCCAUGUCAGAAGUUAUUUAUCCCCCCCUGCCUUAUAUUCCAGACAUUAACCCAUAGUUCAGUGUUAAAAAAGGGAAACAGAUUGUACGUUUGACGUACAUCAACCUGUGCAAUUUCUUUGUAUGUCUUUUCUAUGUGGUUGAAUGAUGGGAACAUUUUUAUGGUUCAAUGUUUCAUUACUUUUAGGGCCUGACACUCGUCAAAUUUGUAUGAAUGAAUAAACUUCAGUGUAGCUCUAUUCAUUGUUCAGUUUUGCUGAGAGGCAGGAAGCCAACGUGAAUUAUCCGACUGUACAUCUGCUUUGACGUCGGUUUCUAACAGGAAGUACUGCUACGUGACAAACACCCACCAUUUUAGAUGCAAGUUGCAUGAAUGUUUAGACAAGUAUUUUACCUCCUUCAGCCAUGUAUGGUUUGAUUUGCGGUAUAAAAAAAAAGCUUGUGGCUGAGUGAAGAGUUUGGUCCUCAAGCAUGAUUUGGCUGUAAUGAAAGUAGCGCUGCAGCUGAACACGUUCACUAGAAGCAGCAGAGACGGCUGUGUCAACAAGAAUAAUCUAGGAUUAUGUUACAGGGAGAGCAACUUCAGCCGUAACUCAACUAUUUUUGUAUCUGUUCAGAGCAUGAGACUACAAGGAUGGCGCAGUUUAUUCACAGUAUUAAUACACCAUUGAAUCCAAAUAUGGCUGCAGGAAGAAACAAAUGGUUUCCCACAAUAAAAAGUCCAAGUUACUUUUUGCUGAAAAAUGUAUAUGUAAUGUUCAAUCUACAAAUAAAUGACAGCAUUAAUUGCAAUGCUUGGUUAAACCGGU